GCCACCGCCAAGCUUCUUCUCUCCGAUGACUGAGGCUUCGUCGCCUCCUCCUCCUCCGAUUCCACCCGAUCCGAAUCUGCCUCUCCCCAGUUCCAUUUCACCGGCUCAAUUUUCUUUUCCUCUCGAUGUGGUGAUGUCUGAUCUGCCUUUUUCUUCCCUUCCAUCUCCGGCAAAUCUGACGAAUCAUACUAUUCCCUCCGAGAAAGGUGUACUCGGAGCGGCUCCUUCUUCGAUUAGGGAUAGUUCUCCUGUUCCUAUCUCUGUUUCUACUGGGAACUCUUAUAAUCCAGCUUCUAUGCCUAGCGUCUCUGAUUCUGGUUUUAAUUGGACCAAAAAUCUUACUUCUUCAGGUAAGCUCCCUAUUUCCUCUGCUCCGGUUUCGAUUUCUGCUGCGGGUCGGCCUCGUGUCAUGGUUCCAAAUGUUGUGUUUGAGAGAGGAGCUAAGCUUCAUGAGGAUUUCAUUGUGGGCAUCUUCUAUGGGAAACCUCCAUCUUAUGGAAAGAUUUGGGGAGUUCUGAAUUUUCUGUGGGGAAAAGAUAAACGUGUGACGGUCCAUAAUUUGACCAAAAAUGCUUUUCUCUUCUAUAUUUCAUCUCCGACACUUAGGCAACGGGUCUUGCAACACGAAUUAUGGCAUGUUGGUUCUUCUCCGUUUUUUGUCACGGCAUGGAAGUCAGAAUUUAGCUACAACCCUCCCUCAUUAGAAAGAGCUCCGGUUUGGACUUCUAUAAAAGAUAUUCCCUUUGAUCUAAUCACUCCAGAAGGUCUAAGUAUCAUUUGUAGGCCGUUGGGAAGAGCGGUAGACCACAAGCCUUUCACUAGUAUCAAUUCGGCUGAGGUAAAGGUUAUUGUUGAUCUUACGAAACCUCUUCCACCUGUGUUGGAGCUUGAGCGAGAGGAUGGUCAAGUCUUGCUUCUGCAAGUCACUUACCCUUGGUUACCUCCUCUUUGUCCUCUUUGUAGUGAGAUUGGGCAUAAGGCAUCUCUUUGUCCUACUGCUCCUCAAUCUGAGUUGCAUUCUUCGAUGUUAGGCAAAGAGAAGCAGUCUUCCAAAGGACCAGCAGAGAAAUUUUCCUCGACAUCUCGUGUUGACAAAACGCAGGUUUGGAAACCAGUUCCUCGUGGUAAGGCUUUAGGUGAUACAAACAUUUCAGUUGGUCUUCAAGCUUCUUUGGUUCCUGUUAAAGAAGUUCCUGCUGCUUCCUCUAAAGAAUUCCUCUCUCCUUCAGAGGUAAAAUCACCUAUAGAGUUAAAGAUAAAAUCAUCAUCAGGGUUAUCUACUCCUCUUAGUGACCACAGCCAAAUCUCUAUCUCUAGUCCUGGAUCCUCACCUCUAUUACCCAACAUCAUUUCUGCUGACUCGGAUGUAGCUCAGACCAAUUAUGUUCAGUCUUUUGAAUUGGUCACUAAUACUACCCUCGCUCCAGCAUUAAUCUCGGCUGAUCUUCCUCCUACUACAACAUCAAACCGUUUCGAUAUGCUAUCAAUGGAAGAAGAUGCUAGUGUUUUGGUUGAUGAGACUUCUUCUCUAGUUCUCUAUGGUUCUUCUCCCUCUUCAUCAUCUUCUUCCACAGGGAUGAAAACAAAAAGAAAGAGGUAUGACCUUCUAUCCCCUGCUCAAGGUGGUGCUCUCUCCAUACAAGGAGGGAAGCGUCAUACCCAAUAAUCUGUUUAUAUGUCGGAUAUAUUUUUUUG